AUGGUUAAUAAUGAAGAAUUAACCAAAGAACAACAAAUCAAAGCAAAAGAAUUUUUUCUUACAGAAGAAGACUUAUUUGCUUUAAGUAUUGAAAAUAUGGGCUGUACAAAUGUUACUACCCAUAGAAUAAACACAGAAGACACCAUUCUGAUUAAACAAACUUAUUAUAGAGCCACCUAUGAAGAAAAUGAGUUUAUUAGAAAAGAAAUCAAUAAACUUAAAAAACAAGGACUUAUAUUUGAAAUAAACAAAGAACAUUUAGAACAUUUAAAAAUAAUUUUUGAAAAAUUACGAAAGGCCGAAUUAAAGUUAAAUCCGGAAAAGUGUACCUUCUUUAAAUCUGAAAUUAAUUACCUGAGACAUGUAAUUAAUAAGGAGGGGGUGAGACCGGAUGAAUCAAAAGUUGAAAAGGUUAAAAAUUUUUCCAUACCAGUAAAUAUUCGCCAACUAAGGGGAUUUAUAGGAUUAGCAUCCUAUUAUUGCCGAUUUAUAAGAGGAUUUGCCUCAAUAGCCCGUCCAAUUCAUAAACUGUUAGAGAAAAACGUUCCCUAUAGGUGGAAAGAAGAACAACAAAACGCAUUUGUGACUUUAAAAAGACACCUUAUAAUGGCACCCAUUUUAAGGUAUCCAAAUUUUAAAGAAGAAUUCUUUUUAUAUACCGAUGCUUCUGGCAUGAGAUUAGAAGCUAUCCUAGCUCAAAAAGAUAAAGACUACAAAAAAUAUGUGGUAGCCUAUGCAAGCUGA